AUGGUAACCAAGGGUUCAGACUCUUCAGGGAUAAAAUAUAUUUCAAAAGCCCCACUUUUCUCCGAGACCACCCAUCGCUGUCUGGUCUUUGCUGGAGACAACAGGAGAAGCCUGGGUCUCCCUGUGGCCGCCCUUGUGAUCAGUCCCAAAGGUUUCCUCCCAGCUCAGAUACCCAAAUCAGCUGCUCCCGCCAAUGGCAAGUGCUCGACUCCCGGCUGCCCACAGCCACCAGGGGCCCAGGAUGCCUGGCUGACCUGCAACUCCACCUCCCCACCCGUCAUUCAGUUGGCUGACCUGGGCCUUCCUGAUAGUGUCCCCAUGCCUGACAAGUACUCCUGGCAACCAGUUGCUGUAGAACUCAAAUCUCUGCUAGACAAGGAUGUUUUGUUCUUGAAGGACUGCGUGGGCCCAGAAGGGGAGAAAGCUUGUGCUGACACAGCUGCUGGGUCUCUCAUCCUGCUGGAGAACCUUCGCUUUCAUGUGGAGGAAGAAGGGAAGGGAAAAGAUGCUUCUGGGAACAAGGUUAAAGCUGAGCCAGCCAAAAUAGAAGCCUUCCAAGCUUCGCUUUCCAAGCUAGGGGACGUCUAUGUCAAUGAUGCUUUUGGCACUGCUAACCGAGCCCACAGCUCCAUGGUGGGAGUAAAUCUGCCAAAGAAUGUUGGAGGUUUUUUGAUGAAGAAGGAGCUGAACUACUUUGCCCAGGCCUUGGAGAGCCCAGAGCGACCCUUCCUGGCCAUCAAGUUGGGCAGAGCUAAAAUUGCAGACAAGAUCCAGCUGAUCAAUAAUAUGCUGGACAAAGUCAGAGAGAUGAUUAUUGGUGGUGGAAUGGCCUUUACCUUCCUUAAUGUGCUCAUCAACAUGGAGAUUGGCACUUCUCUGUUUGACGAAGAGGGAUCCAAGAUCAUCAAAGACCUGAUAUCCAAAGCUGAGAAGAAUGAUGUGAAGAUUACCUUGCCUGUUGACUUUGUCACUGCUGAUAAGUUUGAUGAGAAUGCCAAGACUGGCCAAGCCACUAUGCCCUCUGGCAUACCUGCUGGCUGGAUGGGCUUGGACUGCGGUCCUGAGAGCAGCAAAAGAUACGCUGAGGCUGUUGCUCGGGCUGAGCAGAUCAUGUGGAAUGGACCUGUGGGCGUAUUUGAAUGGGAAGCUUUUGCCCGAGGAACCAAAGCCCUCAUGGAUGAGGUGGUGAAAGCCACUUCCAGGGGCUGCAUCACCAUCAUAGGUGGGGGAGACAUUGUUACUUGCUGUGCCAAAUGGAACAAGGAGUAUAAAGUCAGCCAUGUGAGCACCGGAUGUGGUGCUAGCUUAGAGCUCCUGGAAGGUAAAGUCCUUCCUGUGGUGGUGGAUGCUCUCAGCAAUGUUUAGUACUUUCCUGCCUUUUGGUUCCUGUGCAUAGCCCCUAAGUCAACUUAGUGCUUCCUGCAUCUCCACUUGGCAUUAGCUAAUAUCUUCCCCCAUGUCAAGAUUUGGCUAGUGGCCAAGAGAUAUAGCGCCAGGAACCCUUAAACAGUUGUAUGGCAUCUCAGCUCACCUUU